UGCGUGUCCAAGUCUGCUGCAACUGCCACUCGCUCUUUCCAGCGAGUUACCCUAAUCCUGGGUUCAAUUUAUCCUUUCUCUGCUGCUCCCACUGCUGGCUCUCUCCCUCCAUCUCCAGAAUGGAUAUUAGAUUAAAACUGUUGGACACAGUCGAAGAACUGACAAUGGAGGAAUAUGAAAAACUUCUAUUCUUACUGGAAGAAAAGUUUAAGGAAAUGAAAAUUCCCAGGGGACAGCUAAACAACAAGUCGAAAGUGUACCUUGUUAGAACAUUAAUUAGUCACUAUCCUUACCCAAUGGCAGUCGAGGUCCUGGAAAAGGCUUUGUCAAAAAUACCUCGCAACGAUCUCCUUCCAAUCGAAAUUGGUCCACCAAAACGCAAAGCAUCAGAAGGUAAACUGGCCAAACUACAGCAAAUGCAAAGAACAAAGGAACGAAAAAUUGACUCAACACCAGAGGCAUUUGGACCUCGCAUCACAACUUUAUGGGAACUAAAAGCAAUGGAAUUAAAUGAAAUGGAAUAUCAGAGAGACAUAGCUGUCAGAGGGAAGAUUAUUGAGAAGGUGAUCCAUAAUUACGUAAACAACCAAAAGAAGAAAAUGAAGGUUUUCCACGCAAUAAUAGCAGAUGAAAAUGAUACCAUUCAAGUGAAAGUGUAUAACAGAGAACCGAAGGAAUUUUACAAAGGUGCCAACGUUCUGAUCACCAAUUUUAAGUUUUCUAAUGGGGUCAUGGAGGUGACCAAAGGCUCACAGAUCACCAAACUGUCAAAUAAUGUGAUCAAAGCAAUCAAAGAAGUGCCAGUCCUCAGUCUGAGAGAGAUCAAACAAAUGCCCAAAGGAACAUUUGUAAAUGGAUGUUUUGAGAUCACAAAGGUUUCACGCCCAGCCAAGGAAAGUGAUGUAGCCCCACUUCGUAUCACUGUAACAGAUGGCUUCGAUGAGAUUAAUGUUAUCAUAUUCAAACCACCAACAACAUUGUUCUGUGAGAUAGGAAGAGAAUUGAAGAUGCUGGGCAUUAAAGUGAAUGAGUACAAAACUGAAAUACAGCUUCUGCAUCAGUGUGAUAGCUAUGUCAAGGUGCUGUGAUAGAUGUCAGGUGGACAUCUGAGAGAGUGUGCUUUGCAUUUCACAAGCUUUCGCUUGAAGAGCUUCUAGCUAUCUUAGGUCAAUUUCUUUUGAACAGUGCUCUUUGAGCCGAACUUUGCAACAGGCAGAAAACAGGAUUUGGGUUUUCAAGUCAGGAAUCCACGUGUCAUAUGGCUAUGAUCCUUUAAUUCUGAAAAAUUAUUUUCCAACUUUCAUCUGACUGGAAAUUUUGCAAUUUGCACUGAGAGAAAACAAACCAUUUAACAGUGCAAGGUGAAGGUGAAAAAGCAAGCGAAAUACCCUCAGGGGAAUGUGAAGAGAGGGACAUUUCCUAUAAUUCAAAGAUCCAUCACAACUCCUCACCGUCUAAGGAAGAGACAUUAAAAUGCAAAGUGCUGGAUAUUGAAACAAUGACUGCCACAGUAAGAUCUACCCAAAACCCCUUGGAAAUACACAAUGGAUGAAGUAUAACAGGCCUGUCUACAGUUGCUGCGGAGAUUGGAAGUGACACAGGGAAUGUCCAGAAAGUUUUCAGCAGAGGAAACAGGCUGAAAAGCUCUGUUCUCUCCCUCUGUCCCUUUUGGAAAAAGUGUCUGUCACCCAGUUUGAGAAGUCAACAAUCAGAAACCAGCCAGCAAACCUAGGUCUCGAAAUAAUUGCCACAUCUUAUAAAUCUGACCACAUCCAUGAAACCAGCUAAUCCAAGUCAGCCAUAACAUUUAACAACCUAUGCCUCAGGGACAAGCAAAGGACACUUAAAUAUAUCUUUCCUAACCUUUUUUUUACUGGACUCUAUCUUCUCUUAUUUCUCAUACCUGUGCGAGUGACGUCACGUUUUUAUUAUUUUUUUUCUUGCAUUUGGUGGUUAAUAAACUUGCUUACUUUUACCCAA